AUGAUGGAUCACGUGGUUUCAAAGACGGUGGAAAAUACAUUGAGGAAGUCGAUAGACAAGUCAUCCGAUUACGACCUGGCAGAAAGAAUGGAGGAAAUGAAAAAGGUGAUAAUUGAGGAGGUACGUAGAAACUUGGUGUACAGUAAGCCUGAGGGACCAAUAAUGAGCUCAAAGGAUAUCCUAACCCUAAGUCAAGAACAGGAAAGUAAAUUUAAUGAAGAGGUGCAUGAGUUGGGAUUGCAUGUGAACAGAAUACAUCACAAUUCGACCCCAGCUUUUUUGUACGAAAUGGCAUUGAAGUAUGAGUCCAAUUCAUUUAUAACAAGCACAGGAGCGUUAUGUUGUAUUUCAGGAGAAAAAACAGGCAGGUCUCCAUCGGACAAGAGGAUUGUAAAGGAAAGUUCCUCAGAGGAACAUAUAUGGUGGGGAAAGGUAAACAUCCCCUUGAAGGAAAAAUCAUAUGAAAUAAACAAAGGCAGAGCAAUUGAUUACUUAAACUUGCAGCCAAACUUGUACGUAAUAGAUGCCUAUGCAGGCUGGGAUGAAAAGUGUAGAAUUAAAAUUAGAGUUAUCACUUCCAGAGCAUACCAUGCACUGUAUAUGUUAAAUAUGCUUAUCCCCCCCAAAAAUGUAGAAGAAAUACAAAAUUUUAUUCCAGACUUUAUUAUAUACAAUGCUGGUGAUUUUCCUUCGAACAGAUUAACGGACGGCAUGUCAAGCCAAACAUCUGUUAUAAUAAAUUUCGGUGCCAUGAAUAUGAUUAUAUUAGGAACACAAUAUGCUGGUGAAAUGAAAAAAGGAAUUUUAACUUUAUUUAUGUAUAAAAUGCCUUUGGAAGGAAAAUUACCUUUACAUUCAUCAUGCAAUAUAGGGAAGAAAAAUGAUGUGACUUUAUUCUUUGGUCUGUCCGGAACAGGAAAGACAACCCUAUCUGCUGAUGCCAAUAGGUAUCUCAUAGGAGACGAUGAACAUGUGUGGACAGACGAUGGAAUAUUUAACAUUGAAGGGGGAUGUUAUGCAAAAUGUAAAGGACUUUCAAAGAAACAAGAACCUGAAAUUUAUAAAGCUAUUAAAUUUGGUGCUAUACUUGAAAAUGUGGUUAUGGAUCCAGUCACCAGAGAAGUAGAUUAUAAUAAUUGUUCCAUAACAGAAAAUACGAGAUGUGCUUAUCCUCUAUCCUAUAUUGAAAAUGCAAAAAUUCCAGCCUAUGUAAAUACACAUCCUCAAAAUAUUAUUCUGCUGACAUGUGAUGCCUUUGGAGUUAUCCCUCCUCUUUCAAAAUUGAAUGUAUAUCAAAUGAUGUACCAUUUUGUUAGUGGAUAUACUAGUAAAAUGGCAGGUACAGAAAGUGACGUCUUGAAACCAACAGCUACCUUCUCUUCAUGCUAUGCUGCUCCUUUCUUGGCUCACCAUCCCAUGGUGUACGCACAAAUGCUAGCGGAGAAAUACCAAAAACAUAAGGCCAAUGUAUGGCUCUUAAAUACUGGCUGGAUUUAUGGCUCUUACGGUUCUAAGAAUGGACAACGCAUUCCGCUCAAGUACACGCGCAUGCUCGUAGACUGCAUACACGAGAAUAAGCUUAUUGAUAUUGAGUAUAAGCAGACCCCCAUUUUUAACUUUAGUAUUCCUGCACGUGUUGAUGGCAUUCCUGAAGGAGUUCUCGACCCCGUCCUUGGAUGGAAGGACAAGGAGGAUUACAUGAAAAACCUUCAAAAUUUGGCCAAGGAGUUUAUUAGCAAUUUUACCUUAUUCUCGGACAAGGCGGGCGCAGACAUCCUUUCUGGGGGACCCACCCUGUAG